CGCCUAUUUCGAGGUGCAGGGUGGGAGGUCGCGUACAUGAACACUGUGCAGUGUUCCAUUAGACGAAUGCAAAAGCGGCAAACAAGCGUUUUGACAGGUUCUUGUUGAUGAAAUAAAUUGACUGGAUUGCAUGGUUGCAUGAAAUGAUGGCAGCUCCAAGGAAAAAGAAGUGGACUGCCAUUGUGCUUACCUGCACUCACAUGGAUGCAUCCUAUGCCUAUCAAAGAGAAUUGGAGAUUCGGCAGGAAAAAGGAUACAUUGAUAAAGAUGUGAUAUUACUGACAGCUGAAGACCCUAAGUCUCAGGUGGGGAGUGGAGGAGCUACGCUAAAUGCACUGCUGAUGGUGUCCGAAUACAUAAGCGCAAAACAGGGAUUCUCUGUUGUCAAUGCUGAUGUCCUACAGGAUGCACACAUCAUCAUUAUUCAUGCGGGCAGGAAAUACCCGUACGACCCUUGUGGCCGGCCAUUUCUCACUUUUCCUGCCAAACCCAAACAACCUGAGUAUGACUGCCUAGUUACUCAUGUUGAUAUUCUUAUAGAGUUGCUUACAGAAAAGAUCGCGGUGAAUUCCCCUCCAGGUGUAUGGGUAUGCAGUACUGAGAUGUUAAUCACACUGACAGAUAACACUGUGAUAGAAUGGGAGCCCUGUGAUGUGUACGCCCUGACUAUUCCGGAGGACAAAGAGAAAUGUCGCUCACACAGCAUAUAUAAAUUAGAUGAUGAGGGCUUUGUUGAAGAUAUAUUGUACAAGGCUAGUAUGGACAGUAUCAACGAAUGUGUUUUACCAUCAGGAAAAGUGCCCGUGCUGUGUGGGAUUGUGUAUCUGGGUGUGGCCGUGUGUCAGCAGCUUCUCUCAUUCCAUGUCAAGCCUCCCCUGGAUGCCUGUACUUACAUGGGCGUCGACAAUGGCUCCCCACCGUUACAGCUUUCGUUUUUCUUUGAUGUGAUGUUGCCGAUGGCGAGUGGGGUGAAUGAGGAGGCCUUUGUGUCAGGUGAUCGUAGUGGAGUUUUUGGCAUGUCUGGGUCCACGCAGUACGAAAGCUCGGGAGAACUGAAGACUGACAGGGCCAUCAUGAAAACAGCGCGUCAGCUCAUCUGGAAAAACUUAAGUGAUCUGAAGAUACGUCCAUGUAUUGUAGAGGGAUCCUACCACUACCUGGGCAGUAGAGGCAGUGACCAUCAUGAGUAUCAGCUUAACUGUCCUCUACAGACCAUGAAGGACCUGAACCUCGUGUUCAAAAAUAAAACACAUUCCUAUAUAGAUCCCUCCUGCAAUGUAUGUGAUAGUUGUGUGGUGGUGAACAGUGUUCUGACAGGCGGGGUCGUCACCAUGGAGAACACGGCCAUUUCUCACUCCUGUAUUGAAGGGGAAGUAACUCUGGGCAAAGACUCCCUCUACACUGGCGUCAAACUCGACAACAGCAAAAGUCUGCACCCAGUAAGAUUUGCCAACAGUGUUGUUGUUCAGGGAUUCUACAUCCAUCUGAAGACGCUUGGCACUUCUCAGCACGUGCUAACAGUGCAUGGCAGAUUUGAUAACCUUCAUGCCUCCGUGUAUGAAGAUCCAGGAACUUUCUGUAAUGAACCGUGGGAAGACUUUCUCCUUAGGACAGGCAUUGUGAAGGAGGAUCUCUGGGAUACCAAGAACCCAAAAGAGCAGACACUAGCCACAGCUAAACUAUUCCCAGUUUUCCAUGCCACAGAGAAUGUUGGGUUGAAGGAGUGUCUAUGGCUGCAGGGAGAGGCUGGGGCCACGCUCAGAAGGUGGCGCUCCUCCUGGCGUAUUUCUCUGCACGAUAUCAUGUCAUACGGUGAUAUAGUGGAGGAGUUUGAAAGCAGAAGACGGCUGUUUUAUGAAGUGAGCAAGCGGGAAAUAGAAAAUACUCUGAUAUAUGGCCUAGACAACGGUUUCUGCUGUGUGUACAACAGUGCCAGGGUUGAAGGCGCAUCGGCUGACAUUUUAGAGACAUUGGAUAAAGUUGCCCUCAGUUCGGAAUCCCCAGGGGUGGUUGCUCGGGUUUUGGCUAACAUUGCAGAUGUUCUGGGGAGCAUGGCCGGGCAUAAAGGUGGCUUACGAAGUGGACCAGCGUGCAAUCUGUCCUGGGCAAAGCCAUUUGUUGGCUUAGAAAAGGGUGAGCUGAAGGAUGGUAUCCGACGGCUGGCCAAGGUGCGCAGAGACUGGCUAGGAAGGCCUGACCUGCUAAUCCGUGCGGCACGUCAUUACGAGGGUGCAGCUCAGAUCCUUAUCAGACAAGCUGUCAUGACUGGCCGACAGUUUUUCCAUGUCACCAAAACCGACAUUCCCCCGGUGAACAAAUGGGUGACAGUGGAGUGUCCUGCUCGGAUAGACCUGGCAGGAGGAUGGUCAGAUACGCCACCUAUCUGCUACGAGCACGGAGGAGCUGUGACUAACAUGGCUCUGCUCAUUGAUGGAAAGAGACCAAUUGGGGCCAAAGUAAGAAGGAUUCCAGAGCCAGUCUUGAUUUUGGUGAUCCGUGGUGAAGGUUCAGAUUUCACCACUGUCACAGUUCGUCAUCUCUCAGACCUGAAGGAUUACAACCAGCCACAUGCUCAGGGUGCCUUGUUGAAAGCCGCCUUCAUCUGUGCAAACAUUAUACAGUACCCAUGCCCUUACUCCCUGGAUGAGCAGCUCAGGAAAAAGUAUGAUGGGGGGUUUGAGCUGGAAUCCUGGUCACACCUGCCCCGCGGCUCAGGACUGGGAACCAGUAGUAUAUUAGCUGGGGCAAUCAUGUGUGCAUUGCUGAGAGCAUCGGGUCAAACGACGGACAUAGAUGGGCUGAACCAUGCUGUCUUGCACCUGGAGCAGAUGCUGACCACAGGGGGUGGCUGGCAGGAUCAGAUAGGAGGUCUUGUCCCAGGUGUGAAGAUUGGUAUCUCGGAGGGCAAGUUACCUGUCAAGAUCAAGACGAAAAUCAUCAAAGUCUCACCUGCCACCAUCAAAGCCUUGAACGAGCGGAUGGUGUUAGUGUUUACUGGGAGACCAAGGCUGGCCCGUAACCUGCUGCAGGAUGUGGUGAGAAAUUGGUAUUCUCGUACUCCAGAGAUUGUGGAAACAGAGGAUGGGCUAGUCCAUGUGGCUUGGGAGUCUGCCAAGGCUUUAGAAGACGGUGAUAUUGAGAAAGUGGGCAAUCUGCUGGACAAAUACUGGGCCCUGAAGAGACGCAUGGCCGUUGGCUCUGAGCCAGUGGCAUGCACCCGCAUGAUGACUGCUAUACGCCCGUACGCCCAUGGCAUGGUGCUGGCUGGAGCAGGGGGCGGAGGAUUUCUCUUCAUUAUGAUGAAGAACCCAAACAAUCCAAAAGACAAGGUUCGGGAGAUUCUGGCCACAGUGGAGGGAGGAGAAAACGCAGUGGUGUAUGAUGCUUGUAUUGAUGAGAAUGGCAUGACCGUUGUUGUGGAGGAGUAGGCAUUGUACACAGGUUACCCAGGCAACAUUCCGAAGUUGUUCACACAUGUCCAGCAUGGUCUCCGGCGUGGGGUCCCACACAUUUACAGUACAAAAAAGAAUAUGUAUGAUCUAAAAUUUUUAUUUUUUAGUCAAAAAUAUUUUUUUCUUCAAACAUGUAUUUACUGAUGUUGUGUUUAUCUUGUUUGUGUUUGUGCUUAUGAAACGCCCGAAGACUUGGUUCAUGUUAUGGCGUAUUUGUGUGUAUUGACAUGUACAUUUCAUUGACAUUGUUAAAUGUGGUAAAAAGUACAUAUCCUUCUGAGAGAACGUUGUUUUGUACAAGCACGUUUAUUACAGUGACUGACUUGACCUGGUCAGCAUAACCCGCUGAUAUGAUUUGAAGUUAUUAGGAAUUGUUAAGUACGACGUAAAACCCCAAGCUUACAGAUAUCUAGUUAUUCAGAGCAUUACAGAGAUGUUAUGUGUUGUCAGAAGUAUGUGAACUACUAAGUGAGAGUGACAUCUUGAUUAUGUUGUCACCACAUCAUUGGUGACAAGCAGAAUGUCACAGUUACAGCAUACAGACGUGUGAGCAUUGUUUUGUGGCUUGGUUACUGUGUAAUACUGGGAACUGGUGGUGGCUUUAGGAGAGUUGUUUGGUUAUUGUGGAAUACUCAGUAAACAGGCAGCACAUGCCUUUAUGUUUUUUUUGCUCAAAAUGACAAAAUUAUAACAUUUUGACAUAGCUCCCUCUACCUUGAUCCCAAUGUUUGUACAUUACUGGACCAGUACUAGUAAAAAAUUGACUUCAGAGAGGUGUUUUGAGGUUUGCUUGGAACAUUAAAUGAUAUUCUGCUGGAAAGUUGUACGUUUCAGCACCAGAAACAUUAUGGCAUUUAUUUGCCUCUAAAACGGCUCUUUUGUGGGCGAAGUUUUAGGUCAUUUAGGGUGUUUAAGGCUGUUCUCUAUGAAGAAAUU